CUUUCUUUUUCCUUCUCUGUUUUUUCCUUUUUCUUCUUUUCUUUUACUCAACCACUUAUUUAUAUAACUUUUAUAUAUUAUGUCUGCUACUGAUCGUUUGAACACUAUUAAAGGUCACUUGUCUGGUAAUUAUCCUCAAGGUUUGUUAGCUGGUGAAGUUGCCAUCAUCACUGGUUCUGGUCAAGGUAUUGGUAAGAGUUGUGCUGAACUUUUUGCACGUGAAGGUGCUUCCGUUGUUGUGACCGAUAUUGAUGUUGAAAAGUCCAAUCAAGUAGCAGCCGACAUCAAUGCUGCUGGAUUGAAGGCCAUCUCUAUUCCUGGCAAUAUUUUGGAUGCUGAUUUUGCUGAAAAGUUGAUUGAAGGUACAGUCAAGGCCUUUGGCAAGAUCAACCAUAUUGUCAACAAUGCUGGUUUCACUUUUGAUGGUAUGCUUCACAAGACUACCGAUAAACAAUGGGAAAUGAUGUUGGCUGUUCAUAACACUGCUCCUUUCAAGAUAAUCCGUGCUGCUUCCAAAUAUCUUCGUCAAAAGGAUGGUGCUAAUAAAUCCAUUGUCAACAUUUCUUCCACUUCUGGUUUACACGGAAAUAUUGGUCAAGCUAAUUAUGCUACUGCCAAGGCCGGUAUUGUUGGUUUAACUAAGACUAUUGCUAAGGAAUGGGGAGCUUUUGGUGUUCGUGCCAACACUGUUGCUUUCGGUUGGGUUGAUACUCGUCUUACUCGUGCUAAAGAAUCUGGUGCUGCUAUUGAAGUGGAUGGUCAAAAGGUGGCACUUGGUAUCCCUACUGGUAACAAGACUGGUGCUCGUGUGAAUCCUUUUGCCGAUAUUCCUUUGGGUCGCUCUGGUAAUGCUGAUGAAGUGGCUGGUUCCGUCAUGAUGAUGUGUUCUCCUUUGGCCAGUUAUAUCUCUGGUCAUACCUUGGAAGUCACUGGUGGCCGUGGUAUCUAGAUUAGUUUUUAUUAUUAUUUUUGCUGUUUAUUAUUCCCUCUUAGUCUGUCUACCAAUUCAAUAAAAUAAAAAUGUUCUGUUAAUA